AUGUGGACUGGUGGUGUUUCGCAAAGCCUUCGUGUAACACAAUACUGCAAUUCGGUGUCAAACACAACCAAGGGUUUCGCAAACGAGAAGGCUCAUCUCAUCAUCUGCGACCCAGAGACAAUGCUUAUUCUUUCAGGCCCUCUGGGCUCGAGUGCAUGCAAGGAUACCGUUUUUGCGGUGACAGAGCAUGCUUGCUCUUCCAUCCCGAGAAAUAUGAUACAAAAGACUCACCUUGCCCUCGAAGCAAAGGGUCGAUCGCGGCAAACGCCAAGUGACAUUAUAACCAGGGUGCUCUCGAUCUAUAUAAGUGUUCUCCAGUAUCGUCUCUCGGGUGGCAGAUUGUCUUGCGACCUUUCCCACGUCUUCUCUACGAUCUGCUGUCACUACCGAGUCCAUAACCCGCGAAAGUCCCCUCCUUCGGCCAUACGGCUCCCCUCGCCUCACGAUGCAGUUUCAGCUGGCUCUUCUCGCUCUCGGAGGCUUCCUCUUCUCCUCGGCAACGGUGUUGAUGCAAGAGGCCCACAUCAGCUUCGACCUGCCGUUGCCGACCGGUGCCUCAAGCCCGCGACUGGAGCAGGACAUAAAGGAGCACGAUCCGAAAACGACCUCAAACUCCAAGCCGGCCUCUCAUGA